CUGAUUAUGUCAAUAUAUGAAAAGGGGGUGUGCCCCACAAGGAAUUCCGGCCUCGAUUUCGAUUAGCGCAGCAGACGCAUUGGCUAUUUGCUUAUUCUCGCUACAGCAAGAUGGCAGAAGCAACAGACUCUACAUUGGUGCUGGUAACAGGAGCGGGGGGAUUCAUCGCUACCCACAUCGUCAAACAACUCCAGGAGGAGGGGUACCGCGUUAGGGGUACACUCAGGAGUCUGGAAGACGAGGAGAGGAUCAAAAAGCUGAAGGAGCUUUGUCCAGACGCCAAGCACGAAUUAGAGCUGGUAGAGGCGGAUCUAACCAAACCGGAGUCCUGGGAGCCGGCUGUAAAAGAUGUUAAAUAUGUUAUACACGUCGCCAGUCCCUUCCCUGCCCAGUCCCCCAAGGAAGAAAGUGAGCUCAUUCAGCCAGCCGUGGAAGGCACACAGGCUGUACUCAAGGCAUGCGUGGCCGCCAAAUCAGUCAAGCGUGUCGUCCUGACCAGUUCAUGUGCUGCUGUUGGAUGGGGCCCUGGCGCCGACACAAGUAAAACGUUCACAGAAGAGGACUGGAUGGAACCAGAGAAGCUGAACGCCUACGGCAAAAGUAAGACGCUAGCCGAGAAAGGCGCCUGGGAUUACGUCAAAGAACUUCCGGAUGAAGACAAGAUCGAGUUGGCUGUCAUCAACCCUGGAUAUGUGAUGGGGCCCGUCAUUAAUGGGUCAAUGUCUACUAGUUCUGAGGUGGUGAAGCGUAUUUUAGAGCGAGAAAAGCCGUUCGUUGCCAAGCUCAACUUUCCUGUAGUUGACGUUCGUGAUGUCGCCGCUGCGCAUGUCAAGGCUAUGACGUUAGAUGAAGCUGCUGGCAAAAGACACCUUGUAGUAAACUCAAACGUUUGGAUGAAAGAAAUGGCGCUAAUUCUAUCAAAAGAAUUCAAACAUCAAGGAUACAAUGUACCUACAACAAACUGCCCUAAUGCCAUCCUCCAUAUGUGCAGCUGGUUCGACAAGACCAUUAAAAUGAUAAUGCCGGACGUCGGAAAAGUCUUCAAAUUUGACACCACAAGGAUGAAGGAUGUCCUUCAAAUUACCCCGACUGAGCUCAAGGACACAUUGAUUGACAUGGCCUACAGUUUAAUUGACGCGGGUCUGGUCAAGAAAACGAAGAAAUUCAAGGGCCCCGGCAGUGGGGAGCCCGAGGGGGGAGAGGAGGGGGAGAAAAAGGAAGAAGGCCAGGAAAAUGAAGGCGAGGAAAAACCUAAAGAGAACGGCGAUGUCAAAGAUGAAGACAAAAAUGAAGACGAUCUGAAAAAGGAAGGAAAGGAGGAAGAGAAGUCUGAAAAAAUAGAGGACGUUAAAGAUGAGAAGAAGGAAGGGGAUGAGGAAAAGAAAGAGGAAACCAAGACAGAGGAAAAGAAGGAGGAAAAAUCAGAAUCUAAUCCAGAGGAAACCGCAAAAUAGACGUGAAUCACCGAUAGAUUUAUAUUUACAAUUGACUCCUAACAUGAAACAUAUUGCCAUGACAUAUUUUUUAUAAAAAAUUCCACAUGGUUUGGAAAUGUUGUGAGGAAUGGAUAUCGACCUGGCGGGGAUUAUUUUUUUGAUAUAGAUGGAGUAAGAAAAAAAAUUGUGACACAAAGUGUGGGAGACUAUGGACAAGGCCUAGUCAUGGGUUAAAAAAUAUGAAUGAUGUUUUUUUUUCUUUCACGUGACACUGACUCAAAAUCUCGAAGGACCAAUUUAUGAUGAAAAAGAAUAUAUAUGUUUACAAAAAAAAAUAUUAAAACUUUGGAGGGAAUUUCAGAUAUCAAACCAAGUGCUAUGAAAAUGAGGGGCUUUUUUCCCUUUCAUAAUUCAUUACUUAGCCAUAAAUAUCAUAAAAAAAAUAUUCACUACAUUUUUUCAAUGAAAUCCUGUUUUUGUCACACCAAACUGUACAUUUUAUGACAGAAGUGCAAUAUUAAAUUGUGUAAAAAAACAUAUAGGGUAUUGCUACUGUCAAGUCUGGAUUAACAAGUUUAACAAUAUAACUUGACACUGUUAAACCAGGUUUGACUGUAAAGAUGUACCGCCAUAUAGUGUCACGAAAAGAAAGAAUCAAGCUUAUCAAAAUACUCAUUUAUUUCAUGAAUUUAGAGCUUUUUAUAUUGUUUCCAGUUUUUCAAUUUAAGCAAAUUACAUGCAGUUCAUGGAAACAUUCACCUAUUGUUGGCUUGGAACUUAGUUUUUGUACAAAAAAUCAUUAGUGUUAACCAGUUUAUGCCUUCAUUUACGCCACUUUUUCGCUCAGAGUCCAUUAUAAAUGGAUGAAGUGUUGUUUCGUAUUGUGAUGAGCUAAACCAUACAUUGGCUGCCUUGAAGUUAUUUUUUAUCAAGAGUUUUGCUCUCCUUUUUUGAUACUGAUGAGUUUUAAAAAUUUUUAAUUCAUGUUUGUAAAUCUAAUGCAUCAUUUUUUUUAACACCGGGAACCUGUUUUAAUGAACUUUCGUUAAUUAUUCUCAAUUUUGUAACACGUAAGGCGUCAAUGAUACAUCUAGAAGCUGAGAAAAACAGAAGAAUUUUUUUUUGAUACUUAGUGUAUAUCCAGGUUAAAAAAAAUGAUAUAGAUAAAAUUAAAAUAAGAACUCGUGUGAAAUUUAUGUGAAACAUUUCUAAAUUUAGGGCAAUCGAACGUCUCUUUUGAGAUUCGUAUAUUCCACUUGAAAUUGUGUUAGUGAAAUUGUGUGAACAAUGCAAAGGUUGUACCUACAUUUCUGUUCUGUUCUGUAUAAUUUAUAUGUAUCCUAAAAUAGAUUCAUCUGUGUACUCUCGAGAAUCGUAUAGUCAAAAAUAAAGGAAUUUAGAUUGUUUUUAAAUCUUUUUUUUUUUAUUUCAUUUUUUUUUGUUUUACACAUUAAUUAGUAUGUAGAACUGUAUGAUAUCGUAUUGUAGAUAAAUGAUGGAAAUAUUUGCAGAUUAAAAUGCCAAAGUGUUGUAAUAAAACCAGUAUGUUAAGCGCUUACAUAUAUAUUAAAAAAAGUAAUGUGAACAUUUGUAUAAAUUUUAGCUGGACAUGUUCAAUGUGUAAACAAGUUCUAUAAAUAUAUUUUAUAUGCCACAUAGUUGCACUGCGUUUAUAGUGUCAUGGUAACUUUAUAGCUCAUUAAUACCCCUAACUAGUCCUAGUAUGUUUGCCAUAUAAAGUCAUUUAUUUAUUAAUUGUUUUAUAAUUUGUCAUGCAUGCAUUAUGAGAUUAGUUUAUAAAUGUUUGAGGGAACCUUUUAUCCUCGGACAUUUUGUGUAUACUAGUAUCUCAUUAUUUUUUACAAUUGCAUAUUCAGUAUUACAUUUCGUAUUUGUAAUUUGUAAUCACAUUGUAACAUUCCGCAAUUUUUUAUGAAAAUUUACGGAAUGCUGUAUGUGAACUUACUAAAGCAUGGAGUCUUCGUUCAACCAAUUCAAUUUUUAGCUAUUUUUGUAACAAUUUUUGGGGUGAACUUGUGUAUACAUUAUAUACUUGCAAUGGUAUAUACGGUUCACCAUUUAAAAAUUUUGUUUUGUCUUGUGCUAAUAAUUUUUAACUGCAGUAACAUUGGAAAGCAUUUGGAGUGAAACCUAAUCUCUCUUAAUCCACUGGCAUAUAAAACAAGCUUUAAUUCUUCAGUCAAACUUAUUUUAGUCAUUUAAUUUGCAUCUUGUCAAAAGUCUGCUGGAGAUCAAAUGACUUGUAUCCAAAAUAAGAUAAUGACUAAAUUUACACAUGUUGAUUUCAUUCUAAGGUUAUGACUCUCUUUUCCGGAAAUUUUAAAGUUAUCCGAUGCCAUUCAGAACAAAAAUCUAGUAAAUUGAAAAAAAAUCUCUAUAGGUACUAUUUAGGUUGUCAUGGAAACGGUUGUGAUCUCCAGUAGCGCCUACGUCAUCAAUGUAUUGUAAGCUCAAUUCUAUAAAUGUGCAUUACUUGUACCAAUAAACAAGUCUAUGUCUGUAUCAA